AUGUCUUCAUCCAUACAAAGUCGAUCUGCUCGCAGUACACCUGCUAUAAACGCAUCCGCCUUCACUCCGCCUGAAGCUAAUGGCUCCUCUAAUGAAAGAGUUCCUUUCAUGCGAGACAACUCUCCCGAAGCUGAUAGCCUGCCGUCCAACCCAGCUCUUACUCCAGUCAUCACCCAUGGAGACAACCCGUCAGCCAGCAACAGAAACUCCGAGGCCGACACAGUAGUCCCUCUCCAGCCUGUCGUCAGUCAAGAUCCCAGUCGAGUCCGUCCUGGUUCUCGUACAGGUAACUUUGUCACUCCCAAGACGGCCCGCUUCUCUCAGGAUGGCGGAGAACCCCUUCAGUAUUCUGGAGGUUCCUUGAAAUCGUCUCGACGACGCUAUCGUGGUGAAGACUUCGACUUUGACCAGGCUGCCGACUACCCCACAGUGAGUGACUAUGAGCGGUACUGGCGAAAUGAAUGUCGCAAUGAUCGUUACACUACUCGAAGAGGUCCUUACCCACCUCCCACAUUCAUGAACCGCCGUCGAGCGCACCCUCAUGACUCGGACGAAGAGUUCUAUAGCAGUGACGACCCUCGCAUGCCUCCCACUGGCGGACGCAGAAUGAUGGACGAGGAGAUGGGAUAUCCUCAUCGACCUUUCCAUCACCGACGUGCUUCUACCCUCAACGGCUUCAAUAUCUCUACAGGCAAGCUUGAGUGGAGUGACCUCAGUCCCAAGGAGAAAUCAGAGAUCAUGCGUCUCCCUUUGACUCAAUGGAUGAACUCAAAUUUCAAGAACCACUUUGUCGCCAGUCUUGGUGAGCUUAUCGGUACUACCAUGUUCCUCUUCUUCGCUUUUGCCGGCACAGAAGUUGCCAACAUUCAGGCCCAAACCGACAGCAAGACUACCACAGGAGAGUCUACUGGUAGUCUCAACGUUUCCAAGCUCCUUUACAUCUCCAUUAUCUUCGGUUUCUCGCUCAUGGUUAAUGUCUGGGUCUUCUUCCGUAUUAGCGGUGGUCUCUUUAACCCUGCUGUCACUAUCGCCAUGUUGAUGGUCAAGGCUAUUAGCAUGACAAGAGCUAUCUGCCUGUUCCUCUCUCAGAUUCUUGGUUCAAUGCUUGCCUCCGUUAUGGUACGAUACUUGUUUCCUGAGACAUUCAACGUCCGAACUACUCUGGGAGGUGGCGCGUCUCUGGUUCAGGGUGUGUUCAUUGAGGCUCUUCUUACUGCUGAGUUGGUCUUCACCAUCUUCAUGCUUGCCAAAGAGAAGCACCGAGCCACAUUCAUUGCCCCAGUCGGUAUCGGCCUGGCUCUUUUCAUUGCAGAGAUGGUCGGUGUCCAGUUCACUGGUGGUUCGCUCAACCCUGCCCGAAGUUUUGGUCCUUGUGUCAUCACCGGUACCUUCGACUCUGAGCACUGGAUCUACUGGGUUGGUCCCGGCAUUGGCUCUCUCAUUGCUGUCUGCUUCUACUGGUUCAUCAAGACUCUUGAGUACGAGAUGGCCAACCCUGGCGCCGAUGGUGAUGACCUCAACGAUCCUACCAAAAACCCUGAGAAGCGAGCUGAAAUCCAGUCCAACGCUGCUCCUUCGAUUGCAUUUGGCGGCGGCAAGACCCCUUCGAUCCGCAGCUAG